UUUCCACAGAAACAUUUCAUUACAGUAGAGGAGAGUCACUGUGUGCGCUGGACUAAGCAGAAGGAUGUUUUUUGUUCUUAGGAGACCCGGACUGACCAGGUCUGCGUUGAUGAAAGCCAUUCAGCAGAAUCACAGGUCAACCAUCUACAGCAAGCCACCAAAGGAAAAGAUCGGCCCAGUGCAAUCUGUCUUUGCCAUGUGUGUGUUUACUGUGGCUCUCCUGGCCCCAGCUGGAUGGAUCAUGCAUCACAUCCCAGACUACCGGCAGAGAUCGCCUCCACAGCCGUGACUUCUGCAAGAACUCUGAAUUCAUGCGGACACCCAUGCACUCUUAUUGUGUCACUCUCUCCAAUCUGUAAAAUAUCAGGAAAUGAAGUAAAACCUUGGUCAAGUUUAAAUCAUGCUGAAACUAUAUAAAGCUUUGAUUUGAUGUCUGUUAUAUUUUGUUUGAUUUCCAAAUAAACAUAUAAAAAAAGAA